AUGCUUGAAGAGCACAGCCCAAUUUCCUCCUUUGGAAUGGAGGUGCCUUCUGUCAGUCCAAAGUUAAUUUGGUCAUUUCUGCUUCAUACAACUCUCUUCUUGUGUCUGAUCCAACGGUCCAGAUUUGCCCCCGUCCCAACAAAUGAAACCGAUCGACUGGCUCUGCUCGCCUUCAAGGACCAAAUAACCAAAGAUCCUCUCUCCAUCAUGAGCUCGUGGAACCAUUCUCUUCAUUUCUGCAAGUGGCGAGGAAUCACGUGCAGUCUCAGGCAUGAGAGGGUCACCAUCCUCAACCUAAGUUCCCUCAAAUUAGAAGGUUCUAUUCCUCCCCAAGUAGGCAAUCUCACCUUCCUCAGGGUAGUUAACCUCAGAGACAACAGCUUCCGCGGCGAAAUUCCACAAGAAAUAGGACGCCUUUUCCGUCUUCGGCUUCUCGAUCUCAGCUCCAAUUCAUUUAGAGGAGAAAUCCCAUCCAAUCUCACCUACUGCUCCAACCUCCGAGUCAUCUAUUUUCAAUUCAAUGAGCUAGUAGGUGAGAUUCCCAUCGAGCUUAGCUCUUUAUCGAAGCUCCGUGGGUUAUUUCUCCCUGUAAACCAUCUCGUCGGAAGCAUCCCACCUUGGCUAGCAAACAUUUCGUCUCUCACUCAUCUUUCUUUAAGAAGAAAUAACUUAUAUGGAAGCAUCCCAAGCGAUUUAGGUCACAUCCCAAAUUUAAAAUUCCUCCAGAUAGCUGAAAAUAAUCUCUCCAGCACAAUCCCUACCACUAUUUACAAUCUCUCUUCACUAUUUUUGUUGUCGGUCGCAGCAAAUCGACUUCACGGAAUCCUUCCGCCCGACUUAGGCUUACGGCUUCCUAAUCUCGAGGGUUUUUAUGUGUCGAGAAACUGGUUUACCGGACCCAUUCCUGUUUCACUAGCCAAUGCUUCAUUCUUUCAAGAGCUCUAUCUCUCCAACAACGAUUUCACUGGAGGUGUGCCUAUGAAUCUUGGCAGUCUUCAAUAUCUUAAUAUAUUCUUCAUCGGCGGUAAUCGGCUCGGAAUGGGGAAAGAAGAUGACUUGAAUUUCAUCAAUUCCCUGCCCAACUGCAGCAACUUGAAAAAUUUUGGAUUUGAAAACAACAGUUUCAAAGGCAUGUUGCCCAAUUCCAUAGCCAAUCUAACGACGCGACUCAAUCAGCUGGUGAUAGGAUUCAACCACUUGUAUGGAAGCAUCCCUGAAGGAAUCGGGAAUCUCGUCAGCUUGACCCAAUUGAAUCUGGAUCAUAACAAUUUCGCAGGUACCAUUCCUCUUAGUAUUGGAAAGCUUCAUAAGCUGCAAAUUUUAGACUUGUCAAGAAACAGAUUUUCUGGGCAAAUUCCGCCAACCAUCGGCAACUUCACCGAACUGAAUGAACUUUACUUGCAAGAAAACAGCCUAUUGGGAUACAUACCUCCUAGUCUUGGAAAUUGCCAAAAACUAAUAGCUUUGGACCUUUCUCAAAAUAACCUUAACGGUACAAUCCCCAAACAGCUCCUUAGCCUGUCGUCUCUGUCAAUUUCUCUCAACUUAGCUGGAAACUUUUUGAUUGGGUCCCUACCCAUGGAAGUGGGUGGCUUGAAAAAUAUUGGGGAACUUGAUGUUUCAGAGAACAAAUUGUCCGGCGAAAUUCCUGGAACGCUAGGCAGUUGCCAGAGCUUGGAACGCCUGUACAUGGAAGGCAAUGCCUUUCAAGGGACCAUUCCCUUGUCAUUGAACACCCUGAGAGGCCUUGGAGAUUUGGAUUUCUCGCGAAAUAACUUGAGUGGGCUAAUUCCAAAAUAUCUAGAGAAUUUUACUUCUUUACAGAAACUAAAUCUUUCUUUCAAUGAUUUUGAGGGACAAGUGCCUAUCCAAGGGGUGUUUGAAAAUGCAAGUGGGAUUUCUGUGAUUGGAAACAGUAAACUCUAUGGAGGUAUCCCAAAACUAGGCUUACCCAAAUGCCUUGUUCUGAGAUCCAAAUCGCAGAGGUCUUAA